AUGGAUGAAUGUUUUGUGGGUUUUCCAAGUAAGGUGGACUGCGUGGGUCGUAGUGGGGGACUAGCUUUGAUGUGGAGGGAGAGUGUGCGUGUAGAUAUCCAAAAUUAUAGUCGACGCUAUAUCAAUGCUGUUGUCAAAUUGGGUGAUUGUUUACAUCCAUGGAAAUUUACAGGGUUUUACGGACAUCCUGAGGUGGGAAGGCAGAAGGAAUCUUGGAGUCUACUUAAAUUGUUGCGUUCUUUUCAACCUGAAGCUUGGUUGUGUGUUGGCGAUUUCAAUGAAAUUGCUGUGGAUUCUGAAAAUUUUGGAACUAUCCGUAGACCUUUGUGGCAGAUGGCUACAUUAUCUUAUUGGCAUUGCCUUGCAUUUAUUCUGGAAUGUUAUGAAAAUGCUUCGGGGCAAAGGUUAAACAGAAAUAAGACGACAGUUUUCUUUAGUAGAAACACCAGUGCCGAGGCUCGGGCUCUUAUUCUAAAUUUGAUUGGUGUUCCAUCCUCUCAAAGGUAUGAUAACUAUUUGGGGUUACUGUCGUUGGUUGGGAAAUCCCGUGUUAGGGAAUUUCAACAUAUCACUGAAAGGGUGAGGAAAAGAAUUUCAGAUUGGAAGGUGAAGUUUCUUUCACAAGCUGGGAAAGAGAUUCUUAUUAAAGUUGUUCUUCAAGCAAUUCCGACUUACAACAUGAGUAUUUUCUUGCUACAAAAGAAACUAUGUAAUGAUCUGAAUGGUCUUAUGUAA